CCCGUGCUCUGGUGCUGGCUCAGUCUGGGCAGCUCUGCUCGCCGUCGUCGCUCGGGGACCGCGGGAUGACACCGCCUCUGCCCGGAUGCACCGCCCUCGGCGUCCUGCCCUCCCGCGUCCCCGGCCGGCCGCCUCGGUCCCGGCUCCCGCUGCGGCUGCUACUGCUGCUGCUCUGGGCGGCCGCCGGCACCCACGGCCACGCGAGGAUCGGACCCCGCGUCUAUGCUGUCUGGAAAGGUCUUUAAGAUGCUGAGCAAUAAGGAGUCUCUGGAUCAGAUCAUUGUGGCCACCCCAGGCCUCAGCAGUGACCCCAUUGCUCUCGGGGUUCUCCAGGACAAGGACCUUUUCUCUGUCUUUGCUGACCCCAACAUGCUCGACACGUUGGUGCCCGCUCACCCGGCCCUAGUCAAUGCCAUUGUCCUGGUUUUGCACUCGGUGGCAGGCAGCACGCCGCUACCGGGGGCUGACUCCUCUUCCCGGAGCACGCCCUCCAGCUCGUACCGGGACAUGCCAGGUGGCUUCCUCUUUGAAGGGCUCUCUGAUGACGAGGACGACUUUCACCCGAGGGCCAGGUCCACGCCCUCCAGCAGCACCCCCAGCUCCCGCCCAGCCUCCCUGGGGUACAGUGGCGCUGCUGGACCCCGGCCCAUCACCCAGAGUGAGCUGGCCACAGCCCUGGCUCUGGCCAGCACUCCAGAGAGCAGCUCGCACACACCGACUCCUGGCACCCAGGGCCAUUCCUCUGGGACCUCACCAAUGUCCUCUGGUGUCCAGUCAGGGACGCCCAUCACCAAUGACCUCUUCAGCCAAGCCCUACAGCAUGCCCUGCAGGCCUCUGGGCAGCCCAGCCUUCAGAACCAGUGGCAGCCUCAGCUGCAGCAGCUGCGCGACAUGGGCAUUCACGAUGAUGAGCUGAGCCUGCGGGCCCUUCAGGCCACUGGCAGGGACAUCCAAGCAGCUCUGGAGCUCAUCUUUGCCGGAGGAGCCCCAUGAACUCCCUGCUCCUCCUGAGCCCCCAACAAACUGCCAAGGUGUCUGCCUGUGGGAGGCACUCCUGGAAGUGCCCCGUCUCUUUUUUCCCCAAUACACGUGAUGGUUGACCUUGUCUUUGUCCAGUGCUUGGCCUUUCUGGCUGAUCUGCGCUGGUGGGGGCGGGGGUGGGGUGGGGCAGCAAGCAUGGUGUGUGGGUCUGAUAUCAGGGAGCACGACUGGCCCCUGCUGCUGGGCUCUGGCUGGAGAGUUUAAGUCCUAUGUUUUGGGAUAUAACAUAUAUGGGUCUGUUUCUCUUCUCGGACCCUGAAAUAAAAAUCGACAAUGAAGAAAUUA